AUGGACAAGUUCGCCAAAAAGACCUUCACGACCUCGCGGUCACUGACCUACACCUACUACGACUCGGCCCGUCCCACCGACGACCCGCACAAACCCGUCUUCUUCCUCCUCCACGGCUUCCCGGACAACGCGCACCUCUGGAAAGAAGUGAUCCCGCACCUGCUCCCGCUCCCCAACCGCAUCAUCGUCCCGGACCAACUCGGCUACGGCAGCACCUCGCGGCCCACCGACGCGGCCCUCUUCAACUCCAAGGACCUGACCGCCGACUACGUCGAACUCCUGCGCGCCGAGCACGUGACGUCCAACGUCGUCGUCGUGGGCCACGACUGGGGUUCCUUCAGCGCGCAGCGCGUGUGGCUGUGGGCGCCGGAGCUGGUCGUCGGCGUGGCGCUGCUCAACGUCGCGUACAUCCCGCCGUCCGAGACGCCGUUCGACCUCGCGGCCGCGAACGCGUUUUUCGAGCAGGCGACGGGCUUGCCGCGGUACGCGUACUGGGAGCUGUUCACGGCCGAGGAUGGCGCCGAGGUGUGCGAUAAGCACCUCGAGAGCUUGUGGCACGUUGCGCACGGCAACAGGCCGAAUUGGAUGCGCGAUAUGUUCUGCGUGCGCGGCGCGAUGAGGGAGUUCUUGCUGGCGGAUCGGAGGGAUGUCGAGUUGCACGAGUAUGCGAAGCCCGGGAACGGGUGGAGGGAGGAGUGGCUGCAGAGCGUGCGGGAGGGCGGUGGCUUGGCGAGCGCGCUGUGCUGCUACAAGGCCUUGGCCCAUAACCACCAUUACGAGGUCGAGAAGGAGUUGCCGAAGGAGCGCAUCCCCGUCACCGUGCCGACCUUCUUCCUCGGGUGCGACCGCGAUGAUGUGUGUCUGUCGGCCUUGAUCGAGAAGAACAGGGCCGAUGGCCAUGUGGGGCCGGAUUUGACCGUUAAGAAUAUUGAUUCGGCCCAUUGGUGCCCUAUGGAGAAGCCGGAUGAGGUCGGUAAGGCCCUGUAUGAGUGGCUGUCCUCGAAGUUCUGA